CAUCGCCUUUACAACUGUCAAGACAAUGCCGAUGUGGAAGGGCUAUGUGUUGUGUGCGCUUUUAAGUCUCUCAACUUUGACCCAAACGGUCUUUGCCCAUGCAAACUGGCACCAAGGGGAGAAAGUAGCAGUGCGGAUUGCAGGUGCUAUUAUAUCAGCUAUCUUUAGAAAGUCCUUGAGGAUGAGCAACAAGGCCAGGAAGGAGUCGACAGUGGGUGAGAUUGUGAACCUGAUGUCUGUGGAUGUGGAACAUCUCCGCGGGUUCACAAUGGGUCUCUGGGGAAUAUGGGGAAAUCCGAUGAAGAUCGCCAUUGGUCUAUAUCUGCUGUACCAGUCUCUGGGAUCGUCCAUGUUUUCUGGUAUGGCAGUGCUGUUGUUUUUUAUACCAAUAAAUACAUACGUGACGUUCCGACUGAAGAAGCAUCAAACUGAUCUGAUGCAACAGAAGGACAAGAGGAUGAAGAUGAUGAACGAGGUCCUCAAUGGAAUCAAGAUUUUAAAACUAUAUGCGUGGGAGCCGUCAUUCCAAGACAAGAUCCUUGAGAUUCGGAAGAAGGAGAUGCAUACAUUGUGGACGAUCUCCUUCCUAAAAAGUAUCACAACCUUCACGUGGACUCUCGUUCCCUACCUUAUAUCUCUGGCAAUGUUUACGACAUACAUCUACACAUCCGAAGACCACUACCUCAGACCUGAGGUUGUUUUCACCUCCAUCUCCCUAUUAGGUGUCAUCCGACUCGCUGUGGGGAGUCUACAACCACUUUGCUCAAGCUUGGUCCAGACAAUAGUAUCAGUAAAGAGAAUCAACACGUUCCUCAAUACUGAAGAGAUAGCUGGUGACCAUGUCUCUUGGAACUCGACACAAAGUUCUGCAUUAAAGAUUACAGAUGGAAGUUUUCAGUGGAAUUCAGACCAGGGCUGGAAUCUUAUAAACAUCAACUUGACUGUUGAAGAGGGUCAACUUGUUGCCAUUGUAGGUCAGGUCGGAUCUGGUAAAUCGUCACUCGUGUCUGCAAUCUUGGGGGAGAUGGACAAACUUCAAGGUCAAGUCAUCUUGAAGAGUCCCAUAGCAUAUGUACCACAACAAGCCUGGAUCCAGAACGACAACCUGCAGAACAACAUCCUGUUCGGGAAGCCCUUGGACAGACAGUGGUACAACAAAGUGGUAGAGUGCUGCGCUCUGACUCCAGAUCUGGAGAUGUUACCAGCUGGUGAUAUGACAGAGAUUGGAGAGAGAGGUAUCAACUUGAGUGGAGGACAGAAGCAGAGAGUGUCUCUAGCCAGAGCUGUCUACAACGAUGCUGACAUCUAUCUGCUGGAUGAUCCACUCAGUGCUGUCGACAGUCAUGUGGGGAAACACAUCUUUGACAAAGUCAUCAGUAGGACAGGGCUCCUUGCAGGAAAAACGCGAAUAUUGGUCACUCACGGCAUCCACUGGCUCCCAGCGAUGGACUCUAUACUCGUGAUGACCAGUGGUCAGAUAUCAGAGAGUGGGACGUACAGGGAUCUUCUGCAACAUAACGGUCCGUUUGCCCAGUUCCUCCAGAACUACAUCCUCGAGACCAUUGAUGGAGAUGAAAAUGAAGCUGACGUGACUGAACUGAAGAAACAACUGCUUCAAAGUCUGGAAGUGAUGACAUCGGGUGAGGAAGCGGGACAGGAGGUCCAGGAGAGUGCAGCACUCAUCACAUCCCUGAUCCAGAGUGCAGACAUGACCCAACCCAUCCCAGACCAGAAGGAAGUGGUUAGUGUGGAUCGGUUAAAUGAGAAGAGUAAACUGAUAGAAGAUGAGAUUGUGGAGAAAGGAAAGGUUGCACUCAAUGUCUUUUUAGCAUACGGAAGGGCUGUAGGUAUGUGGUCUGUGACAUUCGCUCUGGUCAUGUAUGCACUGUUUCAAGCAACAUCAGUAAUAGCAAACACAUGGCUCAGCAGAUGGACUGAUGACGACCUCCUCAACAAUGUGACAUUCCUUCCUUCCAACUGUUCAGAGCGAAUGACGAGGAACAUCUACUAUUUGGGAAUCUAUGGUGCCUUGGGUCUAGCUCAAACUGGAACCAUCAUCAUAUUUUCCUUUGUGUGGAAUAUCAGGACAGUGAAGGCUUCUGGAAUACUGCAUUUCCGAAUGUUGGCAAGCGUUCUGAAGGCACCAAUGUCCUUCUUUGAUACCACACCCACCGGAAGAAUUGUCAACAGAUUCUCUCAGGACAUUGACUCAAUUGACACCAUGAUGCCUACUCUAGCACAGCAAGCCAUCAGCACCAUGUUCCAAGUCCUCAGUAGCAUCAUUGUCAUCUCAUACACAACGCCCAUCUUCCUCGCCGUUGUCUUUCCUUUGGUCAUUCUUUACCAUUUUGUACAGGGAUACUACGUCACCACCUCGCGGCAGCUAAAACGAUUAGAGUCGAAAGCUCGCUCCCCGAUAUACAGCCAUUUUGGGGAGACAUUAUCCGGAGCCAGUGUUAUCAGAUCGUUCCAAGCUCAGUCGAGGUUCAUCAAAGAAUCAGAAGACCGGGUAGACACAAACCAGAGGUUCUCCUUUUACGCAUUUUGUGCUCUCAGAUGGCAGGGUGUCCGCCUUGAGAUUAUCGGAAACAUCAUCGUUCUCGCUGCCUCCUUGUUUGCUGUGAUCUCCCGAGACACACUGUCAGGAGGGCUUGUUGGCUUGUCGGUUUCAUAUGCUAUUGAGAUAACGGCCAACUUAAACUGGUUGGUUCAACUGAUAUCUGAAGUUCAGACACAGGUUGUGUCUGUGGAGAGGGUCAAACAGUAUACAGAAAUCACAUCGGAGCCAGCAUGGGACAUACCCGAGAGACGUCCAAAUCACGACUGGCCAGACUCAGGGAUGGUGAAGUUCCUCGACUACUCAACACGGUACAGAGAAGGCCUUGAUCUUGUACUCAAGGGCAUCACAUGUACUAUUCAUCCCAGGGAAAAGGUGGGCAUCGUUGGCAGGACGGGAGCGGGGAAGUCCUCUCUGACUCUGUCCCUGUUCCGGUUGAUAGAGGCUGCAGUAGGAGAGAUCAACAUAGAUGGCGUUGACGUCAGUGCACUCGGGCUGCAUGAUCUCAGGAGCAAACUCACCAUCCUGCCUCAGGAUCCUGUAUUGUUUGCCGGAAGUCUGCGAGGUAAUGUUGACCCCUUCAACCAGUAUUCAGACAAUCAGAUCUGGCGGGCACUAGAACAGGCUCAUCUCAAGACGUUUGUGGAGUCGCUUCCUAAUGGACUGGAACACGAGUGUAGCGAGGGAGGAGGAAAUAUGAGUAUUGGUCAGCGGCAAUUGAUGUGUCUGGCCAGAGCUGUUCUGAAGAAGACCAGGAUCCUGGUACUUGACGAGGCUACGUCAGCCGUUGACAUGGAAACAGAUGACCUGAUCCAGCAGACCAUCAGGUCAGAGUUCAAGGACUGCACGGUGCUGACCAUCGCCCACAGACUCAACACCGUCAUGGAUUACGACAGGAUCCUGGUCCUGGACAACGGUUGUGUGUGUGAGUUUGACACACCCUCCUCCCUGUUGCAACAGCCUGACAGCAUCUUCUACAACAUGGCCAAAGCUGCAGGGUUGACCUCAUAGUACGAAUAGCUGAGUUGCAUAUACUGUAUAAUGAUUAUUUCCACUACGAAAUAAACAGAAUACUAAUACUG